AUGUUGACAGUUAAAGACUUUCUUGGUGAUUGUAUGUUAAUUGUUACUGUACAUCCACAUACUGAUAAAGAGAUUUGUUCAAAAAUAAAGCAAAGACUUGUCGAGAAAUUUCUUCAUCCUCAAAAUCCCGAAGAUCUUUUGACUGAUUGUAAUGUUACUUCAAUAUUUUGGCAAGAACAAGUUAAUUCUAGUGAUGAUAAAAAUUAUGAACAUUUGGCAGGUCCUCCAUUUGUUUAUGAAUCUCUGUUGGGUUGUAAUUUUCGAAUAUCUCCAUCUACCUUCUUUCAGACAAAUUCAACUGGGGCAGCUUUGCUUUAUUCAGCAAUCGGAGAUUUACUUAAAUUGCCUAAAUUAAUUAAUGCCCCAGGAAGUGGAAAAUUUUGUCGAAUGGAAAAAUUAAAAAAUAAUAAAAAUGUUUUGAAGGAAGAAGAGAAAAUUGUUGUUGAAAAAUUAGAAGCUAAUAAAUUUAAGGAAGAAGACAAAGAAGAAUUUAUUGCAAAAAAGCCUCGUUUAGAUGAAGAAAAAAAUGAAGAUAAUAAAGAAUUAACUAUAGAGCCUCAAAAACACGGCUCUAAUGUAUUUCUCGAUAUUUGUUGUGGUUCUGGUUCAAUAUCAAUUUGUUUAAUGGCCAGAAUUAGACAAUCAAUACAAGAAGGAACAAUUUCUGAUUAUUCAAAAGUUCCAUAUGGAUGUGUUGGGAUUGAUUUAAAUACUGAAGCUAUUCAAGAUGCUAGAAGGAAUGCUUCAGAAAAUGGAUUUGAUGAUAAAAGUUGCAAAUUUUUGUGUGGACAAGCAGAGAGUAUAUUCAAAGAUUUAAAAUAUUAUUUGCCAACUGGUUGUUCAAUAAAAGAUGCAAAUAUGAUGGGAAUACUUGACCCUCCUAGAGCUGGAAUUCCAGACAAGGCAAUUAUUGGAUGUAGAAAGCUUGAACAACUAAAAACAUUAAUUUAUGUUUCGUGUGACCCUCACGCUGCUACAAAAAAUUUUGUUGAUUUGUGUAGGCCAAUGUCUUGCAAAUUUGAUGGACAACCAUUUAAAAUUGUUGCUAUACAACCUGUUGACUUAUUUCCGAUGACUAGACAUUUGGAAUGGAUUGUUAAAUUUGAAAGAUUUUGA